UAAAUUAAUAAUUUUGAUACUACUUACAAGCGUUAUUGAAAUGCAGUAAUUUAGAUUAGUUUACUUUAUUGAUCAUUUAAACUUUAAAAAUCAAUAUAGAAAUUAGUAAAAUCAAAUUUCAUUAAUUUCAUUUCAAGAUACACCAACCUUCAUUUUUUAAUCGUGUUUGAGGAAAAAAAAAAAAAAGAUUGAAAUUUUUUAGAAAAAUAAAUGUCGGACUAGUGAAAAAUAUAAAAGUAAAUAAAGAUAUAAUAUUUUUUAUGAAUUCAGUUGAUCAAUAAUUUAAGGUGGAAAUAAAAAAAAAAUAAAUAGUAUUAAAUAUAAAAUUUUAAAAAUUUAGUUUUGACCUAAUCCAGUGCCGGGAUUUUUUUUUUUAUACUUUAGAGAAAAAAUAAAAUUUCCAUUGUGAUUCACCUUCUACAUUUUUGAGAGAAAUAUAAUAUCUACGAGAUUUUCGAACUGAGGAUAUAUUGAGAAAAUCUCGAAAUAGAAACAUAAAAUAACAAACAUGGAAGAAAAAGCUACCACAAAAGAUUUGGACCAAUGGAUUGAACAAUUAAACGAAUGCAAUCAAUUACCAGAAAUUCAAGUUAAAACUUUGUGUGAUAAGGCUAAAGAAAUCUUAUCGAAAGAAUCAAAUGUUCAAGAAGUAAAAUGUCCAGUUACAGUAUGUGGCGAUGUUCAUGGCCAAUUUCAUGAUUUAAUGGAAUUAUUUCGGAUAGGUGGUAAAUCACCAGAUACAAAUUAUUUAUUUAUGGGCGAUUAUGUAGAUCGUGGAUAUUAUUCAGUUGAAACAGUAACUUUAUUGGUUGCCCUUAAAGUUAGAUAUCGUGAAAGAAUAACAAUAUUACGUGGUAACCAUGAAUCACGUCAAAUUACUCAAGUAUAUGGUUUUUAUGAUGAAUGUCUCAGAAAAUAUGGCAAUGCAAGUGUAUGGAAAUAUUUUACUGAUUUAUUUGAUUAUUUACCUUUAACAGCAUUAGUAGAUAAUCAAAUAUUUUGUUUACAUGGUGGUUUAUCACCAUCAAUUGAUAGUUUGGAUCAUAUACGUGCAUUAGAUCGAUUACAAGAAGUACCACAUGAGGGACCAAUGUGUGACUUAUUAUGGUCUGACCCAGAUGAUAGAGGUGGCUGGGGUAUUUCACCACGUGGAGCAGGUUAUACAUUUGGACAGGAUAUAUCUGAAACAUUUAAUCACACAAAUGGUUUAACAUUGGUAUCACGAGCUCAUCAACUUGUUAUGGAAGGUUAUAAUUGGUGUCACGAUCGUAAUGUUGUCACAAUUUUUUCAGCGCCAAAUUAUUGUUAUCGUUGUGGUAAUCAAGCUGCUUUAAUGGAAUUAGAUGAUUCACUUAAAUUUUCAUUCCUUCAAUUUGAUCCCGCACCAAGACGUGGAGAACCACAUGUAACACGAAGAACACCAGAUUAUUUCCUUUAAGAGAAAAACGGUGUGUUUUUUUGUGUAUGUUUGCAAUCCAAUAUACUUAUAUUAAUAUAUAUCUAUAUAUACAUAUAUAUAUAUAUUUUCACCAUUGGCAUAGAAAUAAAUUACAAAUAUAAUAUACAUAUAUGCAUCAAUAUAGAAUAACAACAAAAUACAACAAAAAAACAAGAACAGCAUCCAACCACAACCCAUAUAAAUUUAAAAAUUUAAGUAGAAACUAUCAAAUAAAAUAUAAAAAUAAAAAAAAUUACCUUUUUAAGGGAAUUAAAUUUAAAUUAAUAAAAUAAAAAAAAAAACAUAAAAAAACUAAUAAUAGUAAUUAUGUAACAAUUAAAAAAAAAAUAAAAAAUAAUAAAAUUAAUAAAAAUUAAAAAAAAAAUACAUAUGCAAAAAAAAACUUUAAAAAAUAAAUGAAAAAAAAAAUGCAAAAAAAAUAAAAAAAAAUUUAUUAUAUUAAUUAAUUAAUAAUAAUUAUAUUGCUAUUGAAUAAAAGAAAAGAAAAAACAAAACAAAAAUUUAAAAGGUAAGAAAUCUAUAAAAACAAAAAAUUAAAAAAAAAGGAAAAUUUAUUAAAUAUACAAGAAAAAUAAUAAAAAAAAAUAAAUAAAAACAAAACAUAUAAAAUAUUUGGAAAGAAAACAGAAGUAAGAGUAAAUAAAGUUAAAAUAAGUGAAAAAUUCUACAGAAGUCUAUUUUACACAUAAUCAAACAUUAAAAGGUGAGAAAAUUAAAAAAAAA